AUGGCGACAUCAAUACUCGAACUUCCCAUCCUCUUCAAACAGGGUUUUGAAGCCACCCAAGUCAAAUAUGCAAAACUAGGCUCAUCCGGUCUGCGCGUUUCGCUCCCCAUCUUGGGCGGCAUGUCUUUCGGGCACAAAGAUUGGCGGGAAUGGGUCGAAGACGACGAGGAAGAGGUCGGUAAACUUCUCAAAGGAGCGUAUGACCGUGGUUUAAACACAUGGGACACGGCGAACGUCUAUUCUGGUGGCGUUAGUGAAGAGAUGAUUGGUCGGGCGAUCAAAAAAUACGAGAUCCCUCGACAUAAAAUCAUUAUCAUGACCAAAUGCUAUUUCCCAUCCGGAGAACAGCCUGCUGUUAACUACUUGAAGUAUCCAGAGCUUUUUCCCAGGCAUAAGGACUACGUCAAUCAGUAUGGAUUGUCGCGCGCAGCCAUCUUCAACGCAGUCACUGCCUCGCUGAAACGCUUGCAGACUGAUUAUAUUGAUCUCUUACAAAUUCAUCGAUAUGACCCGAGCGUUCCACCAGAAGAGACAAUGAAAGCUCUCCAUGACCUAGUCGAGACAGGAAAGGUGCGCUACAUUGGUGCUAGCUCCAUGUGGGCUUACCAAUUUGCGAAAUUGCAGUAUACCGCCGAGAAGAAUGGCUGGACUAAGUUCAUUAGCAUGCAAAACCAUUACUCGCUCCUGUACCGUGAGGAAGAGCGAGAGAUGAUCAAACUUUGCCAUGAAACUGGUGUUGGUCUCGUACCCUGGGGUCCUCUGUACAGUGGUGUUCUGGCCCGGCCAUGGUCCGAGCAAGGCAAGACCACACGCGCCAAUGAACAGGGCAAGGUUUUGAAUGAUACAGACAAGGAGAUUGUGAACCGUGUCGAGGAACUCGCCAAUAAGAAGGGCUGGAAGAUGGGUCAGGUGGCUCUGGCUUGGGUAGUCCAGAAAGGGACCAUCCCCAUUGUCGGGUUCAGCAAUCUCGAAAGAUUGGAUGAGGCUGUCGCAGUCAAGGAUAAGACUCUGACUGAGGAAGAAAUCAAAUAUCUCGAGGAGCCUUAUCAACCCAAAGCGGUUCAGGGUCACUCCUAG